CUCAGUGUCACUCAGGUCGGGGGCUGGUGAGGUACUGCGCGACUCUUGCUCCCAGCACCGCCAUCAUGGCCACACUCUCUACCAACCUAAUACUGUGGGACUAUUGUUCCAUCGGUGUAUAUUUCUUGCUGAAUAUUGCUGUUGGAGUUUACGCGCUGUGCGGCCACAACCGCAGCACCGUCUCCGGCUACUUCCUGGCGGGUCGGCACAUGUGGUGGCUGCCGGUGGGAGCGUCCCUCUUCGCCAGCAACAUCGGGGCGGAACACUUCAUAGGCAUGGCGGGAUCUGGGGCGGCGGCUGGCGUCGGUGUCGGCGCCUUUAACUUCAUAUCGAUCAUCCUUCUUCAACUGAUGAGUUGGGUCUUCCUUCCUGUCUUCAUCUCCAGUGGGGUGUGUACUGUACCUGAGUACAUGAACAAGAGGUUCGGGGGACAACGCAUACAGGUGUAUUUGGCUCUUCUCUCCCUAGUCCUGUAUAUCUUCACCAAGAUCUCAGUGGACCUGUACUCGGGAGCUCUCUUCAUCAACCAGGUCUUCCACUGGAAUAUCUACGGCUCUAUAGUGGCGCUGCUCCUGCUGACGGCUGUCUUCACCAUAACGGGAGGCCUGGCCGCGGUCAUCUAUACAGACACCCUCCAGUUCUUCAUCAUGAUAGCCGGCGCCCUGGUCGUCAUGAGCAAAGCUUUUUACGAGGUGGGAGGGUACGAGGCCCUUCAGUACAAGUACAUGCAGGCGGUGCCCGAGCUGAGGUUCCAGAACACAUCUUGCGGAAUACCGAGGGCGGACUCCUGGGUCAUGUUGAGGGACCCCGUCAACUCUGACCUGCCCUGGCCUGCCUUCCUGCUGGGUCAGACGCCUGCUUCUAUCUGGUACUGGUGUGCAGACCAGAUGAUGAUUCAGCGAACACUGGCAUCGAAGAACCUGUCUCAUGCUAAAGGAGCGACUCUGUUUGCCGCGUACGCCAAGAUCUUACCGUUCUUCAUAAUCAUUUUACCUGGUAUGAUCUCCCGUACACUCUUCCCGGAUGAUGUCGCUUGUGUUUUGCCUGAAGAGUGCAUGCGUGCCUGCGGCUCCAGGUCUUCCUGCUACAACUCUGCCUAUCCGCGACUGGUGGUGGGCAUAAUGCCCGCUGGACUCAAGGGCAUCAUCUUAGCCGUCAUGUUGUCAGCACUAAUGACUGACCUCACCUCCAUCUUCAACUCUGCUUCAACUAUGUUCUCAUUAGAUCUGUGGCGUCGAGUUCGCCCCGAAGCCAAGACCCGUGAACUGCUGAUCGUGGGGAAGCUGUGUAUUGUGGGUUUGGUGGUCGUGUCGGUGGCCUGGGUACCAGUCAUCGAGGAAGUCCAGAGUGGACAACUCUUUAUCUAUAUCCAGAAGGUUGGAGCGUAUCUCUCGCCGCCCAUUGCCUGCGUGUAUUCCAUGGCAAUCCUUUGGAAGCGGAUGAAUGAGCGGGGAGCCUUUUGUGGGCUAAUGGUGGGGCUGGCGAUCGGAGUAACACGCAUGGUCCUGGAUUUCUCCUACCCGCCUCCAGCGUGUUGGCAGGACGAGUCCCGCCCCUUCAUCGUCCGCCUCAACUUUAUGUACUUCGCAGUAUUGCUUUUCUGGAUGACGGCCAUCACUUCAGCGACGGUGUCCCUCAUGACUCAGCCUCCAGACAGCUUCAGGGUAAUCAGAACGACUUUCUGGACUCGUUUUGAGAAUGCUGAAAGAGACGACGACAGACGUCGGAAUAUGGAGCUCAAGGACGACAUACGUCGGAAUAUGGAGCCCGAGGACUACAUACGUCUCAAUAAGGAGCUCGAGGACGACAUACGUUGGAAUAUGGAGCUCAACGACAACAAACAGGGAAAUAAGGAGCUCGAGGACGACAUACGUCGGAAUAUGGAGCUCGAGGACGACAUUCUACAUCUCGAGCGCGGGGACAAGGAGGCGGCGACGGAAGCAGGUGGCAGCCAGCGCCUGGCCCACACAACCAAGUUCUUCCUGUGGCUGUGUGGCCUCCAGACCCAGCAGAGUGACCCUCAGAUGGAAGAGAGUACCCUGAACUCUCUCGAGGAACGUCCUCGCACGAAGCUCUUUCUCAACAUUAACCUGGUGCUGGUGUUGGCGGUGGGGGUUGGCUGCUUUGUUUACUAUUCCCUUGAUCCGUUUUCAGGCAACUCAGAGCCCAGGCUGAAGAUGCCUACAUAAUUCUUUCAACGGUAAAUGUCUGACGCAAAGCAAUUAUAGAAUUUUCCACUGCCUACGAAUUUAUAGCGCUCGCGUCAGGCCAGAAGAGACUGUAGGGUCUGUGGCCAGAAGAGACUGUAAGGAUUCAAUCCCUCUUCGCUAUUUCCCGGUAUCAGGCAGCUGGGGAGUGGGCAUCAGAGCCCUCGUCGUCCCUCAGUCAACAAUUACAACAUCAAAAACAAUCACGUAAUCAGAGGACUCGACGGCUUUCUCGAAAAUCUCCACCAUCUACAUCAGCACCUUCUUUUAGAAACUCCUCUCACACUAGUGAUAUAUAUAGUGCCCUUACACUAAAGUCUCCCUAAAAUAACAAAAUAUUAUAUUGAAAGGAACGAUUAUAAUGAUUACCAUGAUUGGUGAAGACCAAUACAAAGUUAAAAUAGAUUAAGGCUCACACAACACUCGGAUACUAACAGGAUAUUCUUAAAAAUUUUACGAUUUAAUGUUAGGGUAUACUCUAGCAAUCGUCACCUAGUGGCUGAUUUUACAGAGGCAUCGAGAGAUUUGAUCUGCUGCUUUUAGCACAUGCAUCAUUAACUCAUAAAAUCAGACAGUAUGGCUACACCACCCAACAAUCACCUGAUGAGGCACAUGCAUGUGUUGUAGAAUUAGGAAAAUCUACAUUUAAAAUAUCAAACGAGAACUUUUACAGGCGCCUUGGCAUCACAAACACUUCCUUGCCAUUUAGAUACACGGACCACUAAUCAUCUGCACAACACAUACACGCCCAAACCAAUGGAAGUUCAAACAAGACUUUUCAAUCGCACAAACAUACCUGUCUUUCUGAUGUCAGACCACAACGCUCCACAUCAUACAGUCCACCACAACAUUAACCUCCAUGGUCAACAACUACAACUAUUUCUACCAAAAAAAGGCUUCCAUUCCUUGGACCUAAUUUCUCUACAGACUUUUCACGUACUGGGUCCAGUAGACCUGAUCUUAUCCGUUUACUAAUAGAUUAGACACACAUCUUCAGCACUGCAUAGCACUUGUACCUCUCCCUGAGUGUGAUCACACCCGCGUGUCGUUACGCCUCUUUAUCAGCCCCUACUCACCAAAACCAUUCCUUAUUUUACGAACAAAAGGGCCAACUGGGAUACAUUCGAACAAAUUAUUAGAUAACACUGAUAUAACAUAUGCAUAGAAUGCAAAAAAAAACUCCCGCUGACAUAAACAUUUGGGUUCACAAAAUACAAACCAUAAUUACACAAGCAGCAGAAACAUUAGUACCCAGAACAACACAAAUGACACUAUUCACCCCACCCAUCGGGUCAAAACGUCUCAUUAUUAUGGAUGUCAACCAACACACUAACACUUAACAUAGAAAAGACCUACUACAUCUUAUUUGGAAGCAAAUCUACAAAUGCAAUUCAGCUUCAGAUAGACAAUGUAAACAUUAGCAAUAAAAAUGAUG